GAGGAGGUGGGGCUGGCUCUAAAGCCGGAUCCGGAUCCGGUACAGCGUUCUUCGGCGAGUGAGAGUCCGCUGUGCCCGGAGAGGAGCGCCGACCGCGGGGCGUCCGCUGAUCUAACUGGAACGAUGAAACCUGAUGAAACCCCCAUGUUUGACCCUCGUCUGCUCAGGGAGGUGGACUGGAGCCAGAACACGGCUACGUUUUCUCCAGCCAUCUCUCCCACACAUCCUGGAGAAGGCUUGGUGCUGAGGCCUCUGUGCACGGCUGACUUAAACAGAGGUUUUUUUAAGGUCCUGGGCCAGCUGACAGAGACUGGAGUUAUCAACCCGGAACAGUUUAUGAAAUCUUUUGAGCAUAUGAAGAAAUCUGGGGAUUAUUAUGUUACAGUUGUAGAAGAUGUGACACUAGGACAGAUUGUUGCUACGGCAACCCUGAUAAUAGAACAUAAAUUCAUCCAUUCCUGUGCUAAGAGAGGAAGAGUGGAAGAUGUCGUGGUCAGUGACGAGUGCAGGGGGAAGCAGCUCGGCAAACUGUUAUUAUCAACCCUAACUUUGCUAAGCAAGAAAUUAAACUGUUAUAAGAUUACCCUUGAAUGUCUACCACAAAAUGUUGGUUUCUAUAAGAAGUUUGGAUAUGCAGUAUCUGAAGAGAACUACAUGUAUCGGAGGUUUCUGAAGUAAAAAUGUUGUGAGGCUGUACUCUUCAGAGAGAAAACGUUGUUGCUGCAACCCAAUGACCUCCACAAACACGGGACUGAAACAGGAUCUUAAUACAAGUAUAAUGACAUUUAGAGCAUUACUUGGGGCUUGUGGGCAUACUGAGUUUAGAUUACAAAUGAACAUUACAAAGGGGAUGAUUUUUAACCAAAAGAAUAUAUUUUUAACUUGAAUCUUUUCUUGCAUUGUAUUUUUCUAAAGUCUGGCUUCAUUUCUUAGUCAAUAUGAUAAUAAGUUAAAUGUCUGUUAUCUGUACUGCUCAUUUUCAAAAAAGCUUGUGUCGGGGCUGGCCAGUGCUGUGCUGCACUGGGCUAGGCUGCUGCUCAGGAAGCCAGACUGGAAUGCUCCACUUCCAGUCUCGUUUUCUGACAGUGCAGCUGGGAAGAUGGGAAAAGACAUCCAACUACUUGCUUCCCUCCACUCUCGUGGGAGACCAGGAAGCAGACUGAAAUUAAAAGAAUUUAUAUGUAUAUAGAACAUACACAAAGUCAUAAAGUUUUGUUUCAGAGAAACAAGUAUAAUCUAAGUGUAUUUGGGGUUAUGUAAUUUCCCACAUAUUAAUUACUUGAAGUUAGAUAACUUAGUUAUACCUGUAAUACAUCCAAUAUUUCUUGGUCCACAUACUGGCAACAACACUGAAAUCUGACUGGCCUUUUAAAAUAACUUAAAUGUUGUACUAAAAGUUUAUAUUCUAUGUACUCAAGGUACCAUUCUGUGAAAUGUAAUUAUUACAGAUAAUUCAGAAUAUAGUGGGGCACUUGAGGUUCAAUAACUUAGCAAAUCUUGGCAUGUGUUAGAAAUAACCUUAUACCUGAAACCUGUCUUCUAAGAUUAUCAAAAAUAUUUACAAUUGAGUGGAAUAUUUCAAAAUGUAUAGCAUUGUAUUUGCCACAUCCUUAAGAUACUGGUGGAUGUUACUCUAAUUUUUUGUGUGCUGCAAUCCUGCUCAUUAUCCUGUUUUAAUUUUAUUUAAAUUAUUUCUUCCAAGUUGAAGAAUUCUGUACUUAAUUAUUCUGAUCUUCUGCAUUCCAUGUCCAUUAAAUCUGUUCAUCUGAUGGUA